UCAGUCGCAAAGAUGCGCAUCCCGCGAGCAGUUCACUGGCUAACGAUCUUGGGAGUGAUCUCCUGCGGUCUAGCCCCGGUGUGUGGUGCUUCCUCCUGUGAGCGAACAUACGAAGCUAACGUGCAGUGUGGCAUGCCCGUACCAAGCCCGUCCGGAUUGCCGAGACAACCUGCGGAAGCGAUACACGGCGAGUUUCCCUGGCACGUUGCCAUCUACCACAUCGAGUUCCGCAUCCCAGUGUACUGCUGUGGUGGUUCACUGAUCACCAACCGGCAUGUCCUGACGGCGGCUCAUUGUGUGGUUAACGCUAACAACGGGUACACGUUGGCCCGUGAAAACUUCAUGCUCCAGCUGGGCUACCACGAGCUAGGUCUCGUCGUGACGGGUUGUAGCCAGGAGGCGACCGUACGGCAGGUGUACGUACAUCCACAGUUCCAGUCAGGUACCUACCGGCAUGAUUUGGCGAUCAUGGAGCUGGAACGUCCCGUGCGAUUUAACGAUCGCGUACUACCGGUUUGCCUCGACACGGAUGAAGAUGAUCCAGCAUCUUUUUACCGACAACUCGGUAAGGUCCCGGGUUGGGGCUACACAGAGUUUGAUGAGGUGGCGACCUCACUACGGAUGACUGAGGUCCCAACCGUCAACUACACGCACUGUCUGGCGAGUAACCCACCGGUGUUCUCGAACACCAUCUACGACGGGAUGUUCUGCGCUGGGUACGCUAAUGGCACUAACGUUUGCAACGGUGAUUCUGGAGGUGGUUUCGUGACAUACCGGCAUGGUCGUUGGGAGUUACAAGGUAUCGUGUCUUUCACGGCUCUACGCGACGCGGAAAUCGCCGUCUGUGACACACAACAGUACGCGGCGUUCGUGAAGCUGCGAUACUACCGUGGUUGGAUCGGAAGCGUCCUAAACGGGACCUGGCAGUGGUCUAAAAGCGAGAAGUUGAUACAGCGCGAAGACAACAACGCCUCGGAACGUCCGGACCCGGUCGAACAUCCGACCGACUGUGGUAAACGGAAGGUCAACAAAAUGGCACUGAUCGUAAAUGGUGUCCGCAGUGUGGCCGGCGAAUGGCCCUGGCAUGCUGCGAUCUUUGGUGUUUCGAAGCGAUCGCGAGAGUACCUCUGCGGUGGGACACUCGUCAGCCAGCGUUACAUCCUGACGGCGGCUAGUUGCGUUUCCAGUUGGCACCACCGAAAGCGACCGUUUGUGGUGCAACUCGGGCAAGAUGUGCUGUGGGAGAGUUCACUUACGGGCCGGGAAGUUCGCGUGUUGGAUGUGGAAACGAGUGAUGAUAGUACGAUGGCACUGCUUAAGCUCGAAGUAGACGUGGAAUAUGACGACUACAUUCAACCGAUAUGUCUCCCGACGGGCAGACCAAACUCCAGCGAUUCUCAGUCUGGGAAUGAAGUCCGGAUCGGUUCGAAUGGACUGAUCACCGGGUUUGGGCAGACGGAUCCUCACGGGAAUCCUUCUCCGUAUCUUCAAGCCACGUUGAUGCCCAUCGUCGACAAUGGACUGUGCGUGAUCUACCGCAUUUUCGAGAAGCACGAAGCUCACAGAAUGUUCUGCGCCGGCCAUGGCAAUGGAACCAACGCGUGUUUGGGUGAUCAAGGUGGUGGCUUCUACGAGCAGUCACCUGAUGGAGUCUGGACGUUGACGGGUGUCGUCGGUAAGAUCAACCUCUAUCGUAAACGGUGUGAUCCUCACGGGUACGUCGGUCUGGCCAACGUACUGCACUAUCUCGAGUGGAUAAUGGAUCGGAUACGAAGUGCUCUUGCUUUGGCCAUCCCAGGUCCUGCACCCACCGCUCCAAAGGGUGAUCCUAAGGGACACGGUAAGGGCUGUCGACGUAAGCAUCAACACCAUCACCAUCACGGGCAUGGAUCACACGAGUCGGGUGGUGGUCAUAGGCGAAAAGGAGGCUCGCGGGAGAGUGGAUCAAGUGAGGGAAGCAACGAAAGCCGAGAGCGUUCGAUCACUUCGUCCGUUAAAAACGUGAUGCAGGCUAAGGUGGAUCUGGUGAAAGACAUUCACGGUGUGGCCGGCUCGACAAUUAAGAAGAUUUUCGGUUAACGGAGACAUAAUAGCAUGCAGGAAGAAUGACUAAAUGCGCGAAAAUGGUACAAAAAUUAGACGUGCUGUAACAACUUUAGAUGUUUAAUGUUAUUGUACGAUCUAAUGAAUGCAUAUUCAGUAAGCAUACGCAUUUCGAGUUAUUUUAGAACUGGCAUAGGUAACCUUAGGCUCUGAUCAUCGUACAUGCUGAGUAAAGCAUGAUGAUCCUGAUACA